CGCAGUUGUGGGACUGGAGCCGGACCACAGGGCUGCACCUAGGAGGGAGGGAGGAGAAGUCCUGGGAUAUUUGGAAAGAUAAAGGGCGAUGACCACCCCGGCGGGCUCCGGCACGGGCUUCGGCUCCGUGUCCUGGUGGGGCCUGUCCCCGGCGCUGGACCUGCAGGCUGAGAGUCCUCCUGUGGACCCGGACUCGCAGGCCAAUGCGGAGCACGGGACCCCCGAGCUAGAUGUGCUGCUACUGGGCUCCGUAGACGGGCGCCACCUGCUGCAAACCCUGGCCCGGGCGGAACGCUGGCCACGCAGGAGGUUUCAGUUCUACGUGCUGGAGAACAAUCUGGAAGCGGUGGCCCGGCACAUGCUGUUCUUCAGCCUGGCCCUGGAGGAUCCUGAGAAGAUGGGACUGCAAGGUGAGUUGCAAGGACCAGGGUGGAAGGGCGUUCUGCGCUCCUCCCCUCCCCCCUCCCUUCCUCAUCCCUGCAGAGUCUGGCUUCCCAAUGGUGCAAGUACCUGGCCGGCCGGCCCAGAAAUUUCCCCAGGAAUCCACCGAGGAAAAAGGCUGAGAAAGGGCUUCCAGAGAGCCGAGCCGUGUCAUCUACCAGCUCUGUGUGUCCCCUCACUCACUGUGCUGGUCUCCCCUGCAGCCCCUGGCCCGGCACCCUUCACCGUCCACUUCCUGCCCCUCGGCUCUGCCCAGACCCUCCACCACAAGAGCUGCUACAAGGGUCGGUUCCAGCUCCUCUAUGUGGCCUGUGGGAUGGUCCAUCUUCUCAGCCCUGAGCUCGGGGCCUGCGUGGCCCCUGGGGGACGCCUGGUCGUGGAAUUAGCCCGCUACCUGGUGGACGUGCGGCCGGAGCAGCUCCGGGGAUUCUCCGACCGGGUUGGGGAACUGGCUCAGGCAGCGGGGUUCGCCCCACAGCCCGGUGCCGGGUCCCCCGAGACCUUCGCGCGCUUCUGCAAGUCCGGGGACUCAGCUCCCGGAGGCCCCGCAGUGGAACCCGGGACUCCGCCCCUUGCAGCCCUGGCCACGCCUCCUGAUGUCCUGGCUCCGCCUCCUGAGGCAACAAACCCGCCCUCGGAGCGCCUGACCCAGCCCCUCCAAGGUCAAAGCCCCCCUGAACCCCUCAAACUGCCCUCAGAGUCUCAGGCUUCUUCACUCGAGGCUUUGGCUCCGCCCACAGGGAGUCAGAACCCCCAAACCAGAGAGUCUGAGGGGACCCUCAGAGAACACCGCCCCACCUAACUUCUCAAGUUGGGUCCUGGAGUUGGACCGGCCUCUGGGACACUCAGCUACACCCUCCACAUUCUCGCUCAGCCCCAGAGGUGUUGCUGGAAUUUCAGACUCCAUUUCUGAGAUUCUAUACAGUGGGGCCUUGACUUACGAGUGUCCCGACUAACGAGUUGUUUUUUGAGAUACCAGCUG